AUGGCUUCAAAAAAGAUUAUCGUACUUGGUGCCGGCGUUAGUGGUUUGACAACUGCCGUUCUUCUUCUAGAAGAAGGUUUCGAAGUAAAAAUUGUUGCCGAAUACUUUCCUAACGAUGUAGAAUUUGAAUUCUAUGCCAAAUAUGACAAACAAACAUUUUUUUACUUUCGGAAACUAUCUGAACAACAACAAGAAACUGGAAUUAUGAAAGUAGAUUACUUCCAAUAUUAUGAAGACAAAAAUGAUUAUAAUCCUCUUUGGUAUAAAAAAGGAAUAUUUGACUCUGACGAGGCAAAAGGGCUUGAAUUGAAGUUUCGUCACGUCGAAAAAGAAGAUUUGUCAGAAAAUUUUGGUUUUGCCUUUACUCAUCCGAGCGUAACCAUUAACCCUAACCAGUAUCUUAAAUACUUAUUUGAAAAGUUUAAAUCUAUGGGAGGAACUUGCGAACAAAAAAGAAUAUUCAAACUUGAAGAGUUGUUCGAAAAAAAUGCAGUUGCCAUAGUAAACUGUUCUGGAUUGGGUUCAGCAUUUUUAACCGACGCUAAAGACCCUGAUGUUUACCCAAUUAGGGGACAAAUCGUUAUUGCAAAAUCGUCUCCUCACACCAAAGAAAGUUUACCAGUAUCUUUUAGCGUAAUUAGAAAAGGAAAUAAAAAAGAUACUUACUGCAUUCCACGAAAUGAUGGCACAGUUGUUUUGGGCGGCACUUAUGAUGAAUUUGCGAUUAAGGAGUUUGAAAAUCUAAGUUCGGCGGUUCCUAACGAUGAAACAGCAGAAAAAAUAAUCGAAAGAUGUAUUACCACAAGACCCGAUUUGUUCCUCCCUAAGGAAGAACUCGAAAAAAAAAGUUCUGUUGGUUUUAGACCAGCAAGAAAAGACGGAGUUAGAGUUGAAAUUGAACUGAUGAAGUUUGGAGAAGAGCAAGUUCGGAUUUGCCAUAAUUAUGGACACGGAGGAGGAGGAAAGUAUUGA